UAAUCUAAAAUUGUUGAAUAGACACAUGAUUUUUAACCAAUCAGCGAGCGUAUAUUCUUUGGACUAUUUUCCAAAUAUAAGUACAUUGCCUUUAGUAUUGGAAAGGAUAAUCAGAAAGUUUGCUACACUAUGAUCAGUUCUAAAUGACACUAUUGUUUCCCAAAGAAUAAACCUCUGGGCUACAGUGGGCGCAGUUCAAAGAUGGCGGACGAUUUGUCCUAGCAGAAGUGUAUUUUGUAGCUGAGAGUAUGUAUGUAACUUUUAAAUGAUCAAGAAUCAAACUAUGGUCAUAAAAACCUGUCUAUGGAGAAGAUAGUACUCGAAAUUUGAGAGGCUUUUGAAUUAAGCUCAUUGCUGUCGUCGUUGACACUGGCGUUUUCAUGGUUUGUUCACGAAGCUUCUUCUAGUGGAUAGAAUGUUUAUACAACAGUGAGUUUUGCAGCACGUGUUCGGCUAUAACAGUAAUGUUAGUACUACACAGAAAGCUAAUUAUUUACGCGAGGAGUUGAGAUACUGAAACUCAUUUCUUGUGGAACUGAGGUUACUCAUGAAGGUAAACACGAAAACAAAUGAAUCAAGUCCAGCCGUAGACAAGGAAAACCAAUCCUUAAAGCUUUGCUCGACAGCAGCUGCAUUUGGAGCAACAGUCACGAAAGAUAGAGUAACGAAAACUGAGAUAAAAACAGAAACAAAUAUAAGUGAUGAGGACGUUGAAGUUGAUUUAGAUGUUGGAUCAAAUGACUGCUUGUAUAAUCGAGCUUCAGACUUGUUUCCUACUAAAUCUGACAAUUCGAAUCGAGAUAGUGUCAUAAGAACAGUUACAAACAAAGCUGAGGAAGAUGAUGAAGCUGAUGUAGAUGUGGGAUCAAACAGUGCUUUGGAUGAUCAAGGCUCUCAGCAAAUUAGCAUCAAGAUCUCUAGUGCAAGGACAGAAACAUUUGAGGAAAGGGCAGACAAGGAAGUAAGUGGGCUGGAAAAGGAAUCUUCUGCCAAAGGUGUCAAUAUGUGGUAUGAUCAGGUACUCGUCCAUGAUGAAGCUGAGGAUGAUCAUUACGAUCGGUUCUACUUUGAAUCUGAUCACUUGGCACUGAAAGAUAAUAAACACUAUCAUUUGCUACUGCAAACCCUGUUGGUUUUGGAAUCACAGAGGAGUCAGGCUGUAAAGGACCUUGACGUUCUCUAUCAACAGCAAGCUAAAGCUCUUCAGGAUCCUAUUAGUUUUGUGGAGAAGCUACAAAACAGGGAACAUAUAGAUCUUCCAUCUCGUCAAAAGGUAGUUAAGCUUCCGUCUAUUCCUUGGGAAGAGUAUACAGUAUCUCUGAGUACAAUAGAUAGAGAGAGAUUGAGCAAUCCCCACCUCACUAGAGCUGCCUCUAACAACCUGGGAAAAGGUAUUAAAAAAUAUUGUUAUGAUGGCAACACUUUAUCCUAGUAUCAGGGUGCUGUGAUGUGUGGAGAAGGAUAGAUAACUGUAUAAUACAUGUACAUGUAACAUAAUGAACUUGCAGAUGUUCAAAGAAAGGAGGUGUGGUAACUUAAUGGUUAGUACGCUGGACUCUGGAUUGAGUGGUCUGGUUUUGAGCCCUGGCUGGGGGACAUUGUGUGGUAUUCUUG